UAGAUGUGCAGUCGAGCCGUCGGCAACGGACCAGGACUUUCGCCCUAUCGCUCCAAAAACCGGUCAGCGUGAGUGCAACCAACACCCUUAUCCUGUUGUGCGUCAGAAACCGAAGGGACACCUCUAAAACAUUACAGAUACAGAAAAUAAAGUGCGCGAAGUGCCUAAAUCUUGAGAGAUGCUGAAGGAUCGUGAAUUAAUCGAAAGGGGAGGUUCGUCCCCGUGCUCGAGCGUCGGCGGUUCCAGCGUGGAGGCGGCAACAUGCGGAGGCUGCGGAGGUCGCAUCCACGACAGAUUCUACCUUCUGGCGGUGGACAGACAGUGGCAUGCACACUGCCUCAAAUGCUGCGAAUGCAACCUGCCCUUAGACUCGGAGCUCACCUGCUUCGCGCGCGACGGAAACAUCUACUGCAAGGAGGACUACUACAGGAUGUUCGCGGUCUCGAGAUGCGGCAGAUGUCACGCGGGGAUCUCAGCAAAUGAGCUGGUGAUGAGAGCAAGAGACCUGGUGUACCAUCUUCAUUGCUUCUCGUGCAGCUCGUGCGGGAUUCCGCUGUCGAAGGGCGAUCAUUUCGGGAUGCGAGAGGGACUAGUCUACUGCAGACCGCAUUACGAGUUGCUGGACUUUUGCGAUCCGAGCGGCGAUCCCAUGGACAUGGUGUACAGGAGCAGCGAUUCCCCCGGUGCCUACUAUCCGACGACACCGCCGCAACACCACAAGGGCAGACCGAGGAAGAGGAAGUUAGGCGCCGAGAACGACCCACCCUGCGGCGAACUGCCAGUCACCAUGAGGAUGGCCCAGUCCACUCUAGAAAUGCUUCAGCAAGGCGAUCUGUCUUCAUCCAUGGAUUCUCUGUCGUACGAUUCUUCCGUGACGUCCCCUGCCUCGAGUACGGGUCACCAAUCGCAGCGGACAAAGAGGAUGAGGACGUCUUUCAAGCACCACCAACUCCGCACGAUGAAGACGUACUUCGCCAUCAACCAAAACCCGGACGCUAAAGACUUGAAGCAGUUAGCGCAAAAGACGGGACUUUCGAAGAGGGUUCUUCAGGUUUGGUUUCAAAACGCGAGAGCCAAAUGGAGGCGGAACAUCAUGAGGCAGGAAGGAUCUCAGGGUAAUCAAGGACAAGGACCGAACGGUCAGAGCGGAAGCGGAAACUCUCUGAUGGACACUUCGUCUCUGCCGCAUCAGACUUCACUCGACGACAUCCACCAUCACAUCCACUCGCAGAACUCACAGACUCUGAACUUUGGUGAUAUGUACUGAAGACAAUGUGACGCGAUUCGAAAGAUGAUGUUCCUUCCCAUAGUGAUAUAACAAAGAAAGAAAGAAAGAAAGAAAGAAGAUUAUAUAACGUGUAGUUUCGCUGGUCGUUUUAGUUCUUUGUGUUAUGACGACACGACUUAGCCAGGUGCAAGUGCAAUUUGCUGAAGAGAUGAAGAUGAUGUGUUUGUUUCUGUAGAUAAAAUUUAUUUAUUUCCAUAAUUCCAAUUAUUAGUUCGUUGUACAUAAACGCCGAUUUUUAAUAAGAUUAAAGUCGU